AUGAAGUUGCUCACUUCCAUCACUCAUUACCUUGCCAUUGUUGCAUUAUCUAUACGCUUUGCACAAUCCCUGCCAUAUCUCCCAGAGGAAGCAGACUGGAAUCUCAAUCAAAAUCAGACAGCGACACACCCUCUCGACUACUCGGGUCAGUGGGAUGGCCACACAUACAACCCCUCGCCAGAGAAUUGGCGAUUCCCCUUUUACACGAUAUUCCUCGACAGAUUUGUGAAUGGUGAUCCGAGUAACGAUAAUGCAAAUGGCACACAGUGGGAACAUAUCUUGACCUCCAACGAGUUCCGCCAUGGCGGCGACGUUCUUGGGUUGGUCGAUACGUUUGAUUAUCUUCAGGGGAUGGGGAUCAAGGGCGUCUAUCUCGCUGGAACACCGUAUAUCAACUUCCCUUGGGCCGCGGAUGGAUACUCCCCGCUUGACCUGACUCUGCUAGACCAUCACUUUGGUACGAUCGAGGAGUGGCGCACAAUGAUAUCUGAGGCGCAUCGACGGGGGAUAUAUGUUCUUUUCGAUAAUACCUUUGCAACAAUGGGCGAUCUUAUCGGUUUCCAGGGUUUCUUGAACACGUCCGCGCCGAUCAAUCCCAACGAGUACGACUAUGUUUGGAAGGAUGACCGUCGAUACUGGGACUUUCAGCCUGGAAAUGAAGUUGAGAGUGAAUGUCCCUGGGAGCAUCCUCGGUUCUGGGAUGAUGACGGGACCGGUUUGACCACCACAACCCUUGGUCCUUCAUGUCGGAAUAGUGAAUUUGAUCAGUAUGGAGAAGUUGCCGCCUUUGGAAACUACACCGAAUGGCAAGGGCAGAUAGCCAAAUUCGCAUUUGUGCAGGAUCGUCUACGCGGAUGGCGGCCGGACGUACUUGCCAAGAUCAAACACUUUUCGUGUCUAACCAUCACCAUGCUUGAUAUCGACGGAUUUCGCGUUGACAAAGCUCUACAAGUUACCCUUGACUCUCUUGGAGAAUGGUCCGAGUAUAUGCGGGAUUGCGCCAAGCAGGUGGGAAAGGACAAUUUCUACCUACCCGGAGAGAUUGUGGCGGGAAACGCUUUUGGCUCGCUUUAUAUCGGUCGUGGUCGCCAGACAAAUCAAACCAUCUCCAAUAUGACGGAAGCGUUUAUGAUGACGAACACGACAGACAAGUCAGAUGAGGAUCUCUUCCUGAGACCCGCGGAGAGGUCCGCGUUGGACGGGGCCGCGUUCCACUAUACGUUAUAUCGUGGUCUGUGCCGGUUUCUAGGUCUAGACGGUACCUACACUGCCGAAGGCGACCCGCCAGUCAACUUUGUGGAGACCUGGAAUGGUCUUGUGAAGACCAACGAUAUGGUCAACACGAACACUGGUAAGUUCGAUCCUCGCCACCUGUUUGGUGUCACAAAUCAGGAUAUCUUCAGGUGGCCAGGGAUCACAAACGGGACCCGAAAGCAGAAUCUGGGUCUGUACGUCGCUUCGUUGCUCAUGCCUGGAAUCCCCAUCCUCUCCUGGGGCGAGGAACAGGAUUUUUACGUUCUGGACAACCAGGCUGACAACUAUGUCUUCGGUCGUGGACCCAUGUCAUCUGCUCAGGCAUGGCAGCUGCACGGAUGCUACAAGCUGGGGUCAUCGAAAUACGUUGAUUUCCCGCUCGACCGCUCCCUGACCGGGUGUGGAGAUGAUUCCGUCAGUCUCGAUCACCGCGAUCCCUCUCACCCAGUGCGAGGCCUCAUCAAGAUGAUGUUUGAGAUGCGUCAAAACUAUCCCGCUCUGAAUGAUGGCUGGUACCUGCAACAAUUGUCCAACCAGACGUUCGAUAUCUACCUUCCAGGCAGUAAUGGGACGGCGACCGAGAUUGGGAUGUGGAGUGUCAUAAGAUCACGCUUUGUGGAGGCGCAGAAUCUUGAUGGCCAAGGCCAGGGAAAUCAGAGCGUCUGGCUGGUGUAUUCUAAUGACAACAAAACCGUCGAACACCAGUUCAACUGCAGCAGUAAGGACGCUUUGAUCUCGCCAUUUCCCACGGGAACAACGGUCAAGAACCUUUUUCCACCGUUCGAGGAAUUUACCCUGGCCAACAGUUCGAUCACGCUUGGAUUUGAAGGGUCUGACGUUCCCAACGGAUGUUAUCCCAACCUUACUAUGCCGGCCUGGGGUUUCAAAGCCUUUGUUCCGAAAGAUAAAUUCGUGCACCCUUCCCCAUAUAUAACACGCUUCUCCCCAGGGCAUGACGCUCGACUUGUGCCCCAGGGAACAAGUGGGGAGACGGUACGAAUUGGCUUCGAAUUCUCUCAGGAGAUGGAUUGCGAGGAUAUCAUCAACUCGCUGACGAUCACGUCCAAAGCGCUUGGCGACGAGAGCCCGCAGCUUGACACGACCUCGGUCUCUUGUAAACGUAUUGAAGAGACUGAUGUCGUGACAUGGCCGGGAGCAUUCACUAGCAUUUUCAGCUACGAGAUAGAUUUGGACAAUGUCUUUCCAGGGGUCCACAGAGUCACGCUUAGCAACGUGACUACAGCAGAUGGAAAUCAAUCCACAGGUUCCGUCGACCACUUUCUUUUCCGUAUCGGACAGAUGAACAAUCCGAUGGUCUGGCCACAGUUGGCCAACUACAGUAGAACGCUACUGUUCGACAACCCGUCGUCUGAAACUGACCCCUUAUCAGUAAUGCCACAGGCUCCUGGUGCAGACAUGUGGCGUUACUCGCUGGAUUUUGGAGCUACAUUCAGUGCCUGGAUGACAUACACUGGCUUCAACACGUCGAUCCCCGGGAAAAAUUGGACCGGCACUGCGAAGCAGGCCUGGGAAGGAGAACACAUCCUUGCCCAAUACUGGAACAAAUUGACCGGAAGUAGUGCUCACUGGCAGCAUGGAGACACGCAAUGGGCAUACAAUCCCCCCCGUCGCUUCCCAAACCUCUUCAUCGAAGGCGAGUUCAACCAGUUCGGAUAUGACGCUGGCUAUUCCAACAAAAUGGCUCUUAGCAACAUCACUGGCCUGUGGGAAAUUCACUUCAUGAGCGAGUGGCCCGCGCAGGUUGCGUUCAACGCCUGGGGAUUAAACGAAGACGGCCUGCCCGAUCAAACACAGGUAUUUGGGGACAUCAAUGGAGACAACGUUCUGGAUCAGGUCCCUCCAGUCACGCUGCUGAGCAAUCGAUUCAACAUCACCAUCCCACCCCCUUCACCCUAUCUUUCCUUCAAGCUGUCUGUGGAUGACGGCGAUCUUAGGGUCUACGCUACGCCCACAGGAUCCAGGUGGGUUCAGCUGGCCAUCUUCAUUGUGCUAGCGAUUGUGCCUGUCGCCACCGCUGUCAGUGCGGUGUAUGUUUACCUGAAGGCAUUUUACCAGGUCAAAUUCAACCAAAUCGGUGUCACUGAGAAAAGAUCAGGCUUCGCUCCACUGGUGAGCGUCUUUCAAAAGGUGGCCCAUCGAUCUAAGGACAGGGACUCCAAUCCCGGACUUGCUCUAACCAAUGUGGGCCCCUUCCCAUCUGAAAGUGGAGGCGUCGUCGGUGCCAUGGUAAACACCCGCCGACGAACCGUGCUCAUUGCAACGAUGGAGUACGAUAUUGAAGACUGGGGCAUCAAGAUCAAGAUCGGUGGGCUCGGUGUGAUGGCCCAGCUGAUGGGGAAACAUCUGACCCAGCAGGACCUCAUAUGGGUGGUCCCUUGUGUUGGGGGAGUUGACUACCCCAAGGCCGACCCCGGUGAGCCGAUGGUGAUCACCGUCCUUGGGAAUAAAUACCAAGUGGAUAUCCAGUAUCAUCGGCUGCACAACAUCACAUACGUCUUGUUAGACGCGCCUGUGUUCCGAGCUCAGUCCCAAUCAGAGCCGUACCCUGCCCGCAUGGAUGACAUGAACUCGGCAAUAUUCUAUUCUAGUUGGAAUCAGUGUAUUGCUGAAGCUAUCAGGAGAUUUCCGGCUAUCGACCUCUAUCACAUCAAUGAUUACCAUGGCGCCGCUGCCCCUCUCUAUCUUCUACCUCGCACAAUUCCAUGUUGCGUGUCUCUGCAUAAUGCCGAAUUCCAAGGACUCUGGCCAAUGAAAACUCCACAGCAAAAUCAAGAGGUUUGCAGUGUCUAUAACCUUGACCAUGCAUUGGUGAUGAAGUAUAUACAAUUCGGUGAGGUGUUCAACCUUCUUCAUGGAGCUGCCAACUAUCUGAAAAUCCACCAAAAUGGCUUCGGCGCUGUCGGUGUCUCCAAGAAAUAUGGCAAGAGAUCGUACGCCAGAUAUCCUAUUUUCUGGGGUCUCAAGAAUAUUGGAGCGCUGCCAAACCCCGAUCCAUCUGACAUCGCCGACUGGGAUCAUAACGCAAACAACAAUCUCGAAGACGUUAUCAUCGAUACAGAGUUUGAAGCCAGACGUGCCCCGCUCAAAAGACAAGCACAAGAAUGGGCAGGGCUCGAAGUUGACCCAGAGGCCCAGCUGUUUGUGUUUGUCGGUCGUUGGUCCAUGCAAAAAGGCGUUGAUCUGAUUGCAGACAUCUUCCCCUCCAUUCUAGACGCUCACCCAAAGGUCCAGUUGAUGUGCAUUGGUCCAGUCAUUGAUCUCUAUGGAAGGUUUGCCGCCUUAAAACUGAAUCGACUCAUCGAGCUCUACCCUGGGCGGGUGUUUUCCAGACCAGAGUUCACUGCACUACCGCCCUUCAUUUUCAGUGGCGCUGAAUUCGCCUUGAUUCCUUCGCGUGAUGAACCGUUCGGUCUGGUGGCCGUGGAAUUCGGACGGAAAGGAGCGUUGGGCGUGGGAUCACGUGUUGGUGGCCUUGGACAGAUGCCAGGAUGGUGGUACACAAUCGAGUCUAUGACAACCAAACAUCUUCUCCAACAGUUCAAGAUGGCCAUCAACGACGCUCUGAAAUCAUCCCAGGAGACACGAGCGCUCAUGCGUGCACGAUCCGGCAAGCAGCGCUUCCCCGUAUUACAGUGGGUUGAGGAUUUGGAAAUCCUACAAACCACCUCGAUCGAAAUGCACGCCAAGUACUCUAAACGCCACGAUCGUAGUUCAUGGAGGAUUUUCCGUGGCAGCACCCUUGUCCCAGAAAGCACUCGCAAAAUCUCGUCGAGCUCAGACAAUAGCCGCGAACAGAGUCGAUCACGCAGCUCUAUCGUGUCUGUCCCGCCGAGCAGGCCGGUUACGGCUGAUAUGAGACUGUCUGGACUUCGACCAGGCGUUGACCACGUCCUCUCGCCGACAAAUCCGUCUUUCAAUCUAAACAUGUCCAACAACGAGCCCGAUUCUGACACAGACCCAAGACGCAGGCCCUUGUCCUCCAACCCUCUCGCAGACUCACGAAUCGUUUACUCUGCGGCAAUCGAUGGAGAAGAUCUCGAGCUCAUUUCUGGGGCCCUCCAAGAGGAUGGCAGUGUUCGUCCAUCGCCAUUUGGGACACCUACUGUCUAUUUUGCUCAAUCCGGUGCCAGCACACCAGUUCUCGGUGCAGGACCAGAAGACAGUCUGCUGGGGCGAAGCGACGCAAGGGUAUCCUUGAUGAGUCUGGUCAGCGUUGAUAAUAUAAUCAAGGAGAAACUAGACUACAACCUCCAGAAAGUUGAUCCAUUUUUCACGGAUGUGAAUAAGGAGUACGCGGAUAAGUUUGAGAAGAAGCUUGCGGAUCUGAACAGCAAGAACUCCGAAGACCAGCUGUGCAUCGAGGAGUUUCUCGAGAAGAGUGAGAAAGACUGGUUCAAUCGAUACCGCGAUGUCAAACUGGGCAAGUCCCCCUUGCCAUCUCCUGCUCCCUCUGUCUUUCGCUUCAAGGUUCAUGAGACCGAUGGGCCAGAGACCCCGCCAAUUACUGGUCCAGUUUCAGACCCAAUUGCCGGGCAAUUCCUUCUCCCAAAUAACUAUGUUACUCCCACGGGUCUAAAGCGUUUCAUGUUGAUGAAGCUGGGUGAUUGGCCUGUGUACUCCAUCUUCCUCGCUAUUGGCCAAAUCCUUGCCUUGAACUCGUACCAGAUCACACUCCUGAACGGUGAGAUUGGAGAGACGGCCGAAAAGCUAUAUAUUCUAGCAUCCAUCUAUCUUGCCUCUUCGAUCAUAUGGUGGAUGGUCUUCCGUCUAAUCCCCUCAGUCUAUGUGUUGACGAUUCCAUUCUUUAUAUACGGGUUUGCCUUUCUGUUUGUCGGUCUUGCCGGGCCCAUCCACAACAGCACGACUCAGACAUGGCUACAAAACGUGGGAACAGGCUUGUAUUCGUUUGCAUCUUCGAGUGGUUCGAUUUUCUUCGCCCUCAACUUUGGAGAUGAAGGUGGAGCGCCUCUGAGGUCUUGGAUUUAUAGAGCCACUGUCAUCCAGGGCACUCAGCAGUUGUUUAUCAGUUUCGUUUGGUACUGGGGUAGCUGGAUGGCAACUCUCAAUCAAAAAGGUAACACACAAUUCAGCCUUGCCAUGACCGAUUCAGGUGCUUUGCUCGGGAUCGGACUCGGACUUGCCUGUCUUCUGUGGCUUUUGGGAGCCCUGGUCUUCUUUGGACUUCCUGCAUAUUACAGCCAAGCACCAGGUCAAGUGCCCACAUUCUACCUAUCGCUCUUCCGCCGUCGCAUCAUUCUUUGGUUUUUCUACAUGGCGUUCAUAUCAAACUACUGGCUCUCGGCACCUUACGGACGAAACUGGCUCUAUCUCUGGUCUAGCAAGCAUGCACACGCGUGGCAAAUCGUGCUCCUUGUCCUCCUCUUUUUCAUCGUUGUCUGGGCGGCAGCCCUCUGGGUCUUUCACGUCUUCUCCAAGAGACACGCUUGGUUCAUCCCGAUCUUUGCCGUCGGUCUUGGUGCUCCUCGAUGGGCCCAGAUGUUGUGGGCAACCUCCAACACAGCUACGUACAUCCCCUGGGCCGGUGGUCCCGUAGCCGGAGCUAUGCUUGGUAGAGCACUGUGGCUCUGGCUAGGAGUUUUGGAUUCCCUUCAGGGUGUCGGGUUUGGAAUGAUCCUCCUCAACACAAUGACUCGAUUUCAUAUCACCUUCACACUUCUAGCCGCACAGGUAGUCGGUUCCAUUGCCACUAUCCUCGCCCGCGCGACAGCACCGAAUAAGUUAGGCCCUGGUGAUGUUUUCCCUGAUUUCUCCGCUGGCGUCGCAGCCGGCUUGGGAAAGGCAGACUUCUGGGUCUGCCUGCUCUUCAUACUAUCCAUCAACGUGCUCUGCGUUAUCUUCUAUCGCAAGGAACAACUCGCGAAACCUUGA